UUUGUAUUGGGUACGGAAGCCGAGCGGGGACCGGCUGGUUUCGCAGUGGCCGCGGAUCUCCUCCACCCGAGAGUAUGGCGGCUGGAAUCGCUCGGGAUAGCGUGGGAGACGCGGAGGCAUGCCCGAGAAGGCAAAAAAGAAACAAGAGGUUCCUGUGAGGAAGAGUCGGGGCAGUUUGAGUUUGUGUUUAGUUCUGGACUGGUGACAGUCUAGAGAUUGAGCCUUUAGUUGAAUCUCAGCUAAAGUGUGUGUGAUUUUUUUUCUUUUUUUCCCCCCUCCAGCAUCCUCGAUGGAGCAAGUUUGUUUUUAUGAAGCACACAGAGGGUGAGCUAAGCAGAUGAAAACGGUAUUCGUCCUCCUUCCUCUGCACGUUUUGGACAGCUGCAGUCCUCGUUUGCGCGUGUCGCUGUCAGUCUCUGGCCUGCAAAUGGGGGAUUUCUACCCAGAAAUCCACGUCGGGGCACCGAGUCUUUGUGCUCUGCCAUAACAGCUGAGCCACCGCGCGCGAGGCACGGGGACAAAAAUGGGACGCGGAUGGUGAACGCGAUCGCUCAUUUCAAUGUCGCGCCGAGACUGAUUGCCUACUGAUUGAUUGAAUCCACAAUGCGCGAGUAUAAAGUUGUGGUCCUGGGCAGCGGUGGGGUCGGGAAAUCAGCCCUCACUGUGCAGUUCGUCACCGGGACGUUCAUCGAGAAGUACGACCCCACCAUAGAGGAUUUUUACCGCAAAGAGAUCGAGGUGGACUCCUCGCCCUCGGUGCUGGAGAUCCUGGACACCGCCGGUACCGAGCAGUUCGCCUCCAUGCGGGACCUGUACAUCAAAAACGGACAAGGAUUCAUCCUGGUCUAUAGCCUGGUGAACCAGCAAAGCUUCCAGGACAUCAAACCGAUGAGGGAUCAGAUCAUAAGAGUAAAAAGGUACGAGAAGGUUCCUGUGAUCCUGGUGGGGAACAAAGUCGACCUAGAGAGUGAGCGGGAGGUAUCGUCCGGCGAAGGUCAGGCCCUGGCCGAAGAGUGGGGCUGCCCUUUCAUGGAGACCUCGGCCAAGAGCAAAACCAUGGUAGACGAACUGUUUGCAGAGAUCGUUCGGCAGAUGGACUACGCCGCCCAGCCGGACAAAGAUGAUCCCUGCUGCUCCUCGUGCAAUAUACAAUAGCCCCGGAGUGGGGGCUCCAAGAACAGACAUGGCUAGUCUGCAGGGACGAUGCUCCUUUGACUUGCAGCGGACAGAUGCACACUGAAGACACACACAUGCCAGUUAAAUUUAGAAUAAAUUCAUGGUUGAAUGCAGUGGAAAUUAGCUCAGCAGAGCAGAAAAGCUGCAGUGAAAUGAUAAUUAGUAAUGACAAGUGAGUAAUGCAUACAUUUUGAUUGAGGAAAACCAGGAAUUUGCCGCAAGAGAAAUAGACAAACGGUACAAAGGAACAUGCCCUCACCUUAUUUUGAGCUUUUUUUUUUUCAGUGUUCUUUUUUGUUUUUAUCACUUCAGUUAUAGAGGAGAUAAAUCUUCAAAGAACAACAAAUUUCUAUCUCUACUUUCACACUAAUGCAUUUCUUAUUACCACGCCUUUAAUGCAGGUAGCCACCUCACAUAAAUCCAAUAAAGAAGUCAUUUCAAACGAGUAUAGGGGUAUUUGUGUCAAAUUUUCCUCCUGGUUUAGUUGGUUUUGUAGUAGGUGGAAGGGUUUUCUUCUCAUUACUGAACAGAAACAGAAAGGUGACCUGAAAGCACCUCCGUUUUCCGUUACUUUUGCAGUUGAUCACAGUGGUAAUGAGAAAAUAGACAAGUCUGUAACCUCCUCCUAACAUCAGUGCAGACACCUCUUCUCUAUUUUCUCCCAAAGAGGAAUAACAGCAAACCUUUCUCACAUGUCCUGUGACUCUGACCACCGAUUCAUGAGAAAUAAUAUAACGGCUGGUCCAUCUUAAAGGAUAAUUUAACUUUUUUUAUUUAUUCACUCAACAUCAUUUCUCCAAACUUUAUUUAAGAAUGGGGUACAUUUAAAGUGAAGAUGCCAACAUUUGCACCAUUAUAUCUUUCUCCUUUCUAAUCAGUAUAAAUGUUUUCAGAGUGUUCAGAUGAGUAGUUGUAAUAAGGCAGUGGAUAAUGGUGAAAAUGGUAGUGUAAAUAACCUGUAAUGAAAGUGCCAGCUCAUCUGAAGACACCGACUCGACACGUGGGACUCUACGCAUGACUAGAAAAACAACAAAGGACUCAUAUUGUAUGAGAUGAAAAUAGGCUAUGGAAUAAAACACAUCUGGAUCCGGAACGCUGUUUUAAACAGCACAUCCAUGUUGCCACGGGAACCAGACUUUUCCCCCCGUGUGACCAUUUUCAUUGUUGGUUUUCUAUUUUUUUAUGUGACCAUUUACUCCUAAUCCCUCUAUGAUUGGUGACACUGUUAACAUUUGACACCUCUACAAUAAAAGUGCAUUCAGCACUUGGAACAACU